UCCAGCGCCAGAGAGAUCUCAUGGCGGCUCCGGCAACCAGUGGAAGUUCCAGCCUCCUCAUCGCUCCUCCUAAAGCGGAAGAUCGCCAAGAACACGUAGACGAAGAUGUCAAGGAGUUUGACGACUUGAUCGCUAGAUCUCUCGCUAGCGCGCUCCGCGGAUCGGCCGACCUCGCCAACAUGCUUCCAACAGGCACGCUGCUUCUCUUCCAGACCUUGGAUCCGAUCCUCCGGCGAGCUGGGAGCUGCCAGGACAAGACUUUGAGUGCCGCCUUCCUCAUCGUUUGCAGCGUUGUGUGCUUCGUCCUCUCAUUCACGGAUAGCUUCGAGGCGCCCAAUGGGAAAGUCUACUAUGGAUUCGCGACCUUCCGCGGGAUGUGGACUCCGCAGAUCGAGCAGCCGUGCCCUGGCGUGGAUCUCUCCAAGUUUAGGAUCACUGUUGGUGAUUUCGUCCAUGCCUUUCUCACGGUUUAUGUGUUCCUCACGACCAGUGCCUUCUCCACCGAUGUUGCGAGUUGCUUCUUCACGGUCCCGGACGAGGUUGUGAGAGCCGCGCCUUCCAUCACGGCCUUCCUCGUGAGUAGUGUGUUCUUGUUAUUCCCAACAACGAGACAUGGAAUUGGAUUUCCUGUGAAGCCUCCAAAGACUACCGCAUCCUCCAAAGCAUGACCUUUAGCUGCAUUGGAAAGUUCACUCUUAUCUAAGAUAUUUGUUUCUUGAGAGCCAAUUCCAUGAUUAUAUUGAUUCAUUCAAUGUUUCAGAUAUCAAAAUAAAAUGUUCUUGUAUUAAA